AUGCCCAAAGCCAACAAAUCAUCCGCAUUAGCCGGAACGCGCAAGAAAAACGCUCGAAAAGCCGCCAAAGUCACAGGAGAAGAUCCAGAUGAAGCCCAAGCGAAAUCAGGUAUGAAGCCUCAGAGGGGUCAGAAAAAAUUGUCCAAAGCUCAGAAAAAAGCAUUACCAAAGAUUAAACAGUAUAUACCACCUCCCAAACCGCCUGCUCCACCUAUACCCGAUCCUUUGGAUGGACUGGGUCUGGCGAGAACUUUACCCGCUGAGCUGGUUGUGGUUUUGAGGAGAUUGGGUAAGAAGGAUGAUGUAACUAGACGAAAAGGGUUAGAGGAACUCAAGGAAGGUUGGAUAAAUGAGCUUAUAGCUACCAAGGAUCUUACGGAAGAUCAGGAGAUGGGUUUGGAGAGGGAGUUAAAAGAGACUGCUAUAUUGUCUGCUAUACCGGUAUGGCUCCAUAAUAUCGCUAGUCUACUACAAUCCCCCUUCCAUCGUUCCUCGGCUAUUCAACUUCACUCGGACCUGUUAUCUAUCCCUUCAUUACGGACUGCUAUAUUAGAGAGUCUUUCAUUAUCGCUAUUACCCGGAGCGCAGAGUAGGGAUAUACUGGGAUCAUGGAUGGUAGCUGCUCUGGAAGAAGGUAGAAGAGCUGGAGGGGCAGGUCUGAGAUCAUGGGAUAACUCCGUCACCUGGUCUACUCCGACACAGGAGGAAGAUGGGGAAGAGACAAGCUCGACGUCAAACGAUUCGGAGAAGAUUGUUCUUUCACAGCACUUAGGUGACAUAGUCGAUUACUUGACUUUAUCAAUAUUGGACCCAGCUACUUUACACGAUAACAUACAUCCCGCACCCGUAUCCUCAGCUCCUUCCACUUCGUCUCCAGCACCGAAUAAGAAAGGUCAGAACAUCAAAGGAGGAGGGAAAGGUAAAUCCACUCCUAAUCCUCAGCCUAAACAGCAAAUAUCUGCCUUGACGUCGACAGCAGCGGAAGAUGGUGAAGUUAUGGAAGAACGUUUAGCAAGAUAUCGAGUAGGUGGAUUGGUAGGAUUGAAUUACCUGUUACAGCAACUAUCGAAAGCGGAUAUCAAGGAUCUCCCAGCAGAUUUAGUCAACUUGAUUAAGAAUCCAGGAUUAUGGUUAGCUUUAUCAUCAGAGACCAUCGAUAACUCAGAUUCAGAUUCGCCAAAUGGAUUAGGUACUGCUCAACCUCCUAUUAGAAGGGCAGCAUAUUCAUUAAUAUCUACCCUGGUUGAGAAUAACCCAGAACAUCUGGAAGAGAAAGAUACGUUGAGGAUGUUAUCGGAUGCUGUACUUAGUAACUGCUGGUUAGAAACGGAAGGGAUUGUUUGGGAGACUGCUGCGAUGGCCAUCGCCAAGUUUAUCAGGAAAUGGCCUGAAUGCUGGACGAUCACCUCGGAGUUACAAUCUAGGCGUGGAUCCGCUCAAGAGAAGACCUCCGCAAAUGGAGAUCAAGAGGACGAGGACGAUGAUGACGAUGAUGAUGAGAGCGGCAGCGACGAGGAGGAAAGGCCAGCCAACAAUAAUCAGGCCGAUGUCUCGCAGUCAGCUCCGAUUACCACCUCCCCUUAUUACGCCAAUUUCCUAGAGUUCAUUUCGACGAUUUGCCCCACCAUACCACAUCUCACAUAUCCCCUACUCCUGGUGGUGAUAUCGACACUCCCAGCCGAUCUCUUGCCACUUGUCCCUUCUCCGACAUCCCAGCUUCAGAACCUCUUCUCUCAUAUCUGGGCACCAGUGGAUUCGAGAUUGCUUUCGACACAUUCACUUCCAGGACAACAAUCCGCUUUCCAAGUAUUCUUACAAUCUAUGUUGGAUUGUACAGGCUAUCUGGUAAGCAAAGCCUGGUCAACAGAUGACGGCAGAGAGACUGCCUCCUGGCUGGUGAAUACCCAGCUGGGCGAUAAGGUGUGGAAAGAAGGCGUACUUGAGUUUGGUGGAAGAGGAGGUGGAAGACGUGCUCAGAAAGGUGCUAGUCAGGAAGUAGAAGCCAACGCUUUUGGGAGAUCUCUAGGGAGGUUGUCUACGGUCGAUGCCGGUCUGGCAAGGGAGCUUUCGGAAAUUGUCAAGCAGUCGAUACUGGAAGGUUGUUUCCCUGAGAACCCCUCGAGCUCCAUCCUGUCAAGGAGUCUAUCAAUCCUUUCAGCACUCAAGACAUCGACAGAUAGUGAGAUUGUGCUUCAGACAACCGAACAAUCUAUCACAUCCUUAUUACAGCGAUGUGUGGAAGCAUUACCUAAAUCUAUAGCGGGAGAUGGAGUUUCCAUCGUCACGAUAGUCGAAACUCUUGUUGAAGGUUACAAGCAAUACACUCAGUUGGUGCAUGAUGAAACAACGAAUACCCUGGUACAGGUUGUCCAGGAUAAUCCUGUUGUUCUUUCCUCCGCACUUCCCUCAGACCUCCUUGUCUCGCUUCUCAGCGCCAUACAUUCCAAAUCAUCGACCAAUCAAGAAAGGAUACAGCAGAUCACCCUUUCCUUACUUCAAUCAUCCGAAAUCGACACUGUUAAACGAUUCUCAUUUGCGCAGAGCUUGCUCUCAGCACCGACCAAUGGACUGUUACAACCUGGUUCGUUGGACAAUCUAGCAACGGAAUCAACUCAAUCAGCCCUUGCGUCAAAUUCUCCUGAACCCACCAGGGUCACUAUAUCAUGCUUGAAGGCUAGUCAAUACCUCUCUCGAGACGCUCUUGACGAGGUCCUUGCCCUAGUCUCUACAGCGAUCCACGACUCAACCGAGAAACUCAUCACUGGUCAUGAUUUCUCGGAAGAUACUUUGCCUAUCUCAGCUUUCAAGAUCUUCGCUACGUAUGCAUCAGAACAUCUUGAGGCAGUCAUCGACUCAGCAAUCUGGAUACAAAGCUUGAUAUCGGUACAUCAUGUGAUCUUCCUCCUUCCUCGAGUUCCGGGUCAUAUCGCCUCUUCAUUUGGUAAAGACGAAGCUUUAGCUCAACUUUGGGUCAAAGUUGGACAGCUCGGUGUCGAGCAGAAGCAGUCGGUGCUUCAAAAGAUACACCAAGCUCUGAAAGACGGCAUUCAGCGCGUGGAAGUGGAAGUUGAUCCUAUAAUCUUCAUUGAUGUAGCUUUGGCAACCACUUUGGGAGAUCUCAGAGCCCCGUCAGUCAUCGAACUUUCUAAAAGUCUACUCCCUCCAAUCGCCGAACUCAUUGAUGAAAUCACCACCCAUACAAAUCGACCUUCCCACCCUUCGCUACCAAUAAUUGACCCACUUGUACCCCAUUCUUCCGAAGCGACACCAGAUAUCUCGCUGGAAUCCGACUUUGACCUCAUUGGACGAUCAAGAGCAGCCAGAUGGGCUGAAGCUGUUGUUGCACUUCUACGAGCAGAUCGGCAACUGGUAGCAUCUCAACCGGCUUUACUCCAGGUGGCUCUAGCCGCAUACCAGCUUACACAUGAUACUCUGGCCGUACCUGGAUCUUCGAGGGGUCUUUAUGCUCAAUCGGCAUCUAUAGUACACCUAACGGAUCUCGUAAGGGAAGUCGAAGGUGCUCUGUCAUAUGCUUUGUCGUUCGUUGAUGAAGCGCCUAUUUCUUGGCACAACGAUACCAUUCAGAUGCUCAAGGGUGGUUCCUUGCCUGAGAACGCGGAUCUAUUGCAGAAGCUUUUGUCUGCCUUGAAGAAUGAUAUUAUAGAUACAGGAGGAGAUGUCAGUGCCAGGAGUUUCAAGGACGUACUGAGUAGACAUUUCAGGCAAAGUGGUGCCGGAGAGGCGGAAGCUGAAGUUUGGUUGAAUUUCGGUAUGAGCUUGAUUGAUAAAGCACCGCAACUUGCAUUAGCGAUAAUAUACGCUAUCAAGCCACUUCUUCUAGACCACAAAUCAUUCGCUCUCGCUCAAAAUCGUCUCGCAAAUGCUUUAACCUCUGUCAAACCUACUCCUUCAGCAGUACGAAAGCGAGGUAUACCUUAUAUCAGACUAUUGAUAGCAUCUGCGCCACCCGCAGAUGCAGCUUCGAUAUUCUUGCCUCAACAACGAGCUAUAUUCGUUCUUAGACAUGUCAAUUCUUGGUUGACUGCUGAUGACGACGAGGGAGAGAUGCCUGAAGAUGUGGAAUACAGAAUUGCCGAAUUGGAGACUGCUUUGGCGCCUAUCGUACAGGAUUUGUCGGGUGGUCAUUGGGAUUCUAUCUUUGAUCUCGUAGAGAGUGGUCUUGAGGAUGCGUCAUUGGAGGAUAUCACUACUUCUUGUCUCACGUACCAGUCGUUAUUAUUGCUCCAGCAGACACGAGACUUGUGUCAAACGAAUAAAUCGCUACGAGCAAGCUGGACAGCGAAAGAUGAUCAUAUGAAGGCUGUCCUGAACCUUUUCUUACAAUGUCGAACAGCUGACUCCACACCGUUACUGAUGAUCCAAAACAUCGUACUUGACCUACUGGGAGACAUACCGGAACACGUGAUGGAGAACGCUUCUCUCGGUCAACUAGCAGAUCUUAUCCAUCUAUCUACCUCCUCGGCUGUACAAUCUGCUUCAUAUAGGAUUUUGAGUAAAGUCAUCAAGCAUAAUACGAUAGCCUUGGUACUUGAGGUGGAAGCUUCUAUUGCAGAGGAUGAAGAAGGACAUCAGCAUAGGACAAUUGAGUUACCGAAGGAGCUGGUUGAUAUAGUUGGUGAAGGGUUGAAAAUCGAUUGGAUGGGUGAGAUCGAAGUAUACACUGUUCUCGGUCAAUUGCUCGCUUGGCUGGCUAUCCUUGAUCACUUCGAAGAUGCCUCUCGCACACUUCGAUGGACUUACUUGGAUCAGUUGAACUCUUCCAAGCUGCUCACCGAAGGACUGCUACCGAUGUUGUUUGCCAUGCUGGGCGUAUCGGAAAUGGGGGCAUGGAACUUCCCUGCAAGUCAAUAUGCCGUUGACGAGUUUUACCCGGAUUUACUUGAUCCCGAGGAGUUGGCCGAUCUCACGCCGUUAGCAUCCUACUUGUUCUAUCGAGCACUAGUCACCAUCCCGUCGGCCCUGAGGAGUUAUUACGAAUCUAUCAAAUCUCGACAACUGUCAAUGUCAAUGUUAACUUUUGUUGCCCGUCAUUACUCCCCCGUUAUCAUCGCUCACGAGUUCGAAGCUCUCAGAGAACCCUCAGCGUUGAAACAACUCACAGAAGAAGGAUUGAAUAUACGUAUUGCUCAAGGUGGAGGAGCUACACUCGCUGCUUCGGCGGGUAGCGGAUCUUCAGAAGCCAUAGCGAGUUACGUAGUCGAUGAACAACCGAUGGAAAUUGGAAUUAGACUUCCUGCGGAAUUCCCUCUCAAGGGUGUUGACGUAAGGGAUUUGAGGAGAGUAGGCGUACCGGAAAACAAAUGGAGAGGAUGGUUGAUGAGUACUCAGCAGACCAUAACGUCAAGGAAUGGUUUGAUCCUCGAAGCGUUAACAGUGUUCAAGAAGAACGUAUCACUCCAUUUCGAAGGUGUUGUAGAAUGUGCUAUUUGUUAUUCGAUCAUAUCCCUGACGGACCGUACGCUCCCUACCAAACCUUGUAGGACCUGUAAAAACCGAUUCCACGCCUCGUGCUUGUUCAAGUGGUUCAACAGUUCUCACUCCAGUAGUUGUCCUUUGUGUAGAUCUUUGUUCUAG